AAAAGAGCCGCUUCAGGGCUUUCUGGGUUUUAAUCGGUUCUCCCUCGCGGGGAGGAGGGCGGUCGAUUUUUAAGAGCCAGACGCUUCCUCGAGGAGAAGAUGCCCUCCUAUUUCCUGAGUCCUUUUCAAGAGCUGGAUGAUGCUCUCUGCAAGACAUUUCUGAGCCUGAACCUGAAUGAGGACGACAGCAGCCCAGAUGCCAGGCGUUUCCUCCGCUUCCAGCGCACCUUCUCGGCCUGCCCCAUCGCCCUCUCGGCUUCCGGCUUCGAAGCAACCGGCUCAGCGGUGCACCCGGGCGACACCGUCACUCCCCAUGCCGCCACAGCCGGCCUGAGCGACCCGGCGUGGCCCCUCCAGCAGCUGUGGGGCCGGGACUCGGAGCUGCCGGCCACCUCCCUUCAGCGCAUCCCCUUCCGGGCGGACCGCUCAACCAGCCUGAUCGAGGGCUGCCACGGUGACGCCAAACCGGCCUCUUCCCGCUACAAGACGGAGCUCUGCCGCACCUUUGAGGAGAGCGGCACCUGCAAGUACGGGGCCAAGUGCCAAUUUGCCCAUGGCGCAGCUGAGCUGCGGGGGCUCAGCCGCCACCCCAAGUACAAAACGGAGCCUUGCCGCACAUUUCACACCUCGGGCAUCUGCCCUUAUGGCGCCCGCUGCCACUUCAUCCACAACGCGGAGGAGCGCCGCCUGCCGCCCCCGCGGGCGCCCAACCCCCUGCCGACCCGCCACUGCCCCGCCGCGGACCCCCUGCCUCCGCUCACCCUGCACGGACCCCGCCUUCCGGAGACCUCCUUCCCUUGCGACGCCCUGAGCCAGCCGACUCUCGCCUGCCCCCUCCGCGCCACCGGGGCCAGUGGAGCCGCUCGGGGGUCCUUGCCCUGCCCCUUCACUUUCCCGGCCCUACUGACGCUGCAGAAGAGCCUUUCUGCUGACUCCCUCUCCGACCAGGAAGACUCUGGGAGCUCGGGGGGCAGCAGCGGGUCAGAAUCCCCAGGGCUGGGCCUGCUGGGCCGCCGGCUGCCCAUCUUCAGCCAGAUCUCCGUCUCCGACGACUGAACUGAGGCACGGAGAGAAAGAUGCGAGAUUUCCCUUGUUCCCCCCUCCCCCUGCACCCAGAGAGAGCAGGAGGCAACUAGGAACCACUGCUCUUUGCGUGUGGAUGCCCACCUGACUUUGUGCCUCUGCUUAAACAGGUUUGCUAGGUUUCCACACCGAUUCAAAAACCUCAUCAACCUCUUUAUCCAGAGGCAAGUGUGUGUGUGUUUGUAUGCUUUGGGGCGGAGUGUGUGUGUGUCUUUCUAAGACCACUUCCAGCACUCUUAAAAAUGGUCUGGUUUAUCUAGAUAUCCCGGAGUUGUUUGGGAAGACUCUUUUUUUUAUAAUGUUGUCGAUGAUUUGAUUUUUGUUUUGUUUUGUUAAAAAAAUGGACGUUUCUCAAGCGAUGGACUGAGAUGAACAACCUCUGCGCUAUUGCUGACUUUCUCUGCUGGAGGGAGGGAUCGAGGAAAUUAUAUGCAGAGUGAGAAGGAAGUGGAGCCACGAGAACAGAUGAUGUCCUGCUUGCUGCGAUAGUUUUACAGAGUGGCCAGGGACCUGUGGAGCAAGUCUUGGAGCAAUACUGACUCCAUGGAAUGUGGAGAGGUUUUUUUUGAGGCAUUGUUUUCCGCUGGGCUACUCACAUUUUCUCAGGGUCACCUUCCCCAACCUGGUGCCCGUGGUUUGGACUACAGCUCCCAUUCUCUGCAGUCAUCAUUGCACAUGGCUGGGAGUUGUAGCCCAAAACCUCUAGCGUGGGCACCAAGUUGGGGGAAUUUGGUUAGGGCCUUGGCAAAAACAAAAAAAAUAGAUUAUUGUGACCCGUGAAUUCUUGGGUUCUGUCUCUGACUUCAAAAGAUUUGCAGAACUUUAUUUCGAUACCGUUGGGAUGUAUUCAACCAAAUCCUACACAGAGUAGACUGGCAUUCAGGGACCUAAGUCGGCCAUGUUCCUUAUCUCCAGUGGGUCUCCGCUGUGUAGCGCUAGCAUUGGAUACGACCCUGAAUGUUAGCUCCCGUCUCCAUGGAGAAGGGGCCGAGGAAUCUGUAGCGACUCGUGCUUUUUGAAGUUGCAAUAUUGAAAACCUUAAUUUUGGCGGUUGCUCCCCCCCCCCGCAAAAAAAAAGCCUUAAGCAUGGACUUUCCUUUAUUGUGUGGUUUCAGCUGAGGAUCUGGCAGCAUGUAAAAAGGAAAAAGCCAAGAACUUUCCGUCUACGGGCAGGAAAGCUCGAGGGUGAAACUGACAGAACGAAAAACUGACAAAUACUCGCCUGCUAAGAUCUCUCUCUCUCUCUGCUGAGGGAGUGGGAGAAAUGGGGGAGAAAACAUCGAAAACUGACCAGAGGCUGAAAGCAUUUUUAAUUUUUAAGGGAGCGGUGACACAUUGGAAUUGGAACUCUCCCAACAAAUUUGGGCGCUCAGAGGAAAGAAUGUUGGAUGUUUCUGAAUGUCUGGGAGAUCAUUUGGCCGGCUGAGGCUGGCUGAGUGAGGAAGAAGGCCGGGUGGGUGGGGAGAAGAGAUUGUGUUAACGGCGGGUUUUCGCAUUUUCUCAGGCCAAACACCCAAGUGCUUCUUAAUUUAUUUAUUUUUGCAGGGCAGGUUGGGAGGAAGAUGAGUUGGGUCCAAGGGUGGCAACUGCAACUGGGAUGCCACAGGUCAGAUGGCGUUUUCCCAUCAGCCCUUGCAGGGUCUGAUGGAAGAUGUUGUCCCAAACAUCUGGAGGGACCCCAGAUUGCCUCUUGGGCUGAACACGGCCGUCCGGUUUUUGCAACGGAAAUAGCUGCCCCUCACAUUCUUCUUUCUAUGGCAAGCGUGUGGCUUGUUUGGAAACUCUCGGCCGCACAAGUAUGCCAACCCCCUCCUGCUUCAAGCUGGUUUUUGGGUCUCUCGAGCAUCAGCUGAUAAAAAGAUAUAGAAAACAGUUGUGUGGAGACUCAAAAAUGGGUUGAGAGGGUUCCCCUUUAUGCCGUCGCCCUCAAUGCAAACAGCAGAGCCCUGCUAAAAACUAAUUUUCCCUGGGAAAGUGGGUUGAGGUCCGUCUUUUGAAACUGCCUUCAAGUCUCCAAGGUUGAGGGGGGAGAGACGGGGGGGGGGCUUGUCUGUCUCCUGCAUUAAUUUGGCGCUCAUCCCCUUAUUGCGCAGCCGGUCUUCAUAAAGAGCCAGACCACCUGUGCCCCCAAACAGGCUCUUCACAAUAAUGCUUCUAUAGUGGGGACAAGAUUAGCCCCCAAGUGUGUGUGUGUGUGUGUGUGUGGUUUUUAAAAAAGAUAUUCUCUUCAGUUUUUUUGAAGAAAGUGGUGAUAUUUCCCCCACAGGGACAACGACUUCUUUUUUCCUUUAAAAUAUAAGGGGAGAUUUUAGGAUUAUGUUGCAUUUAUCAGGAGGAAAGGAAGGGUUUCCAUUCUCAAAUUCCCUUUUAAGAUCUAUUUGUGCGUGAGUGAGGGGUCUCAUAAUUUGGGGGGGAGAUGGAGGGGGAAUUGCACCUCUCGUAACCAAGCUAAUAUUUUUGUGCAUUUGCUCACCGGAGAACAAUCCUUAAAUCUCGUGCUGGUUUUGCAGCUCAUUCUUCCAAGGAAUGUUUGAUGUGGGGAAGCACAGGAACACACCGUGUUGCCUGAGAUUGUGGGCGAUUCCUACCUACACAAGUUCUGUGUAUGGAGAAAGCGUAUUGGGAGAUAAACUGUCUCCAGGGAGUGGAAGUCCGGGAUAGAGAACCUCAAGGCAGCUCUGCAAAACUCCACCCUGAAUCCUUAAUAUAUUGUAAGCUAUUUAUUGCAUCCUUUAAAAAUAUAUAUAUGAACGUUAUUUCUGAUAUUUGGAACCAAAUAUUUUUUUUCUCCUUUUUAUAGAAGUGCAUAAAAGGUUCUUAGUUUAUCUGCUAACUUUGAAAAUCGAAAAAGCCAACGUCUGCCUUAAUUUGGUGUGUGUCGGGGGAAUAUUCAGUAUUAUUAACUUAUUGCUUGUUUUUGUCUUUUUAUUUAUAGAGUUGUCUCUCUUUCCCCUUUCGUUAACGGGUUUCUGUGUUAAUCAGAACGACUUUUUAA